AUGACUAGCUUAAGUGAAAGACGUGGAACCAAUUGUACCGAUGCUGAAUGGGAUGAAAUUCUGGAGAUGGGUAUUGUUUUAUUGAAUGAGACUCCUACCGAAUGGAUGAAUCGAAUUUGGCCUCACUUACAAUAUUUCAGAGAAAAUAAUCUUAUACCUUAUAAUAGAAAAUACUUUGAAGCAAGAAAAUUAAUAACAUAUCAAUCUGAGGUUAAUGGAUUUUAUAAAAGCUAUGCACCUGAAAUUGGGCUUGCUAUCUGUUUCUCUUGUAAUCAACUUAUAUAUAUUGGAGAACAAACCAAAAAUACAGGCAAUUACAACCAUAUAGGAAUGGAGAGACAUUGGGCUUCUCGUUGUACUGGAAAUUCCUUUUGUGGUGUAAGUUAUGAUGAAUAUUUACUGAAAAUCGAACAAAAAUCUAUUUUGGGAUAUAUUUAUGAUAAUGAGUAUGCAUUACACCGUUAUGAAUUAUGGAUGUCCAAUGCUAUCAAGAAGGUUAAGCGUGCAAGAGAAAUUGGUAGAAAAAUUCAAGCAUGUAGAAUUAUACAGAGAAAAUGGUUAGAAAUUUUCUUCAGACCCGAAGGUAUGUGUGCUACUGAAUUAGCAUUACAUUAUCAGUUAUUAUGGGCGGUUCAAGAAGAAAUGCGUCAA